AGAGAAAAUUAUUCAGUGUACUGAAAUAUUCUCUGAGAACAAUCAGAGAGCGAGCAGAAUAUUUACUGGCAUCAGAGAAGCUUCAUAAGAUGGAGAGUUUCAGUGCAAGCGAGGCUUUAGAAUGUGAGAAUUCAAGAAGAGAACAGCCUGGGUUUUCAACAGCAAACUUUAGAGAAAGUGUAACAACUUGCAAGGGUCAAAACGAAAAUAUAAAAGAAGCUCACUACUUGCAAGAGGAUCUGGAUUCAAAGUCAGACAAAUGCUUACUGGAAUGCAUUCAUCAUCACCAAUAUAUUUUAGAACUGGUGGAAAAUAUGGAGAACCUGCUGAAUCCUGUACUGUUUUUCCAGUUCUUUGGCAGUACAUGCACAAUAUGCCUCAUCCUCUUCUACUUGGCUCUGAAUCUGGAUAGUGAUGGAGUUAUGGACCAGCUAAGUUUCUGCGGGCUCUUGGCUGUUGCUCUAUCACAACUUUUGCUUUUUUGCUGGUAUGGAAAUGAUCUCACCUAUGAGAGUGACAGCCUGACAAAGGCUAUAUAUGACACCCCCUGGAUUGAUGCCUCGAUGUAUUUCAGAAAGAAUAUGAGGAUCAUGAUAUCACGUUCCAUGAAGCCAUCAUAUCUCACAGGUGGCAAGCUGUAUAUUAUGUCACUGGAGACAUAUAGGGCGAUAAUUGGAGCAUCAUUUUCAUAUUUCACAGUACUGCGUAAUAUAAACAAUGCAUAAACGCAGAAAACAACGUACCUCCAGUGUGUUACACGAUCUUCGUAUCAACUUUACUAGCAACACUACCCAAUGAGCAUUGCAUUUAAAGUUGAUAUUCACUAUGUAGACAUUUAAUACAAAAUGGGGCUGUUGCUUAGGAAUCUAUAAGUUAGGAAACUUAUGUUGACAGAGCUUUCAAUUGUAAGUUGUGAACAAAAAUUGCAAG